GUUCUCAUUUUUAGUUCACUGUAAGACAUCAUCAUAAUGAGUCGCCUUUUAGUUCUUGCUUUCGUGAUUACAGCAACUUAUGUUUUUAAUGUUACCUCCGAAAUCGUGCCAUGUACGAUUGAAAGUACGGGUUAGACAAGCCGUUGCGUGUUGGAAAAAGAUUGCAGUUCCGUUGUCGAGAAAUAUAAAAACAAUAAAAUUCUCCCAACUGUGUGUGAUCGAGAAUUAAGAACCAUCUGCUGCCCAGAACACCUUUUGCGAAAUAAAAUUUGGAUUUCAAUAAUCAGCGAAAUUCAUUUUUGUGAAUUUUUGAACAUUCUAAAACGAAGUAAAUUGAAAAUUGUGAGUCGUAGAAUAUGUCGAACCUAGUGAGAAUCAGCUUCCAAAAAAUUAAG